AUGUUUGGGAUUCAAGAUACGUUAGGAAGAGGACCAGCUCUGAAAGAGAAAGCCCUAGGCGCGGAGAUGGAUUCGGUCCGGUCCUGGGUUCGAAACGUCGGAGUGGUGGAUGCAAACGUUGCAGCACAAAGCGGGGUAGCCCUGUCCCGGGCUCAUUUUGAGAAACAGCCUCCUUCCAAUUUGCGAAAAUCCAAUUUCUUCCACUUCGUCUUGGCCCUCUAUGAUCGGCAGGGUCAGCCGGUGGAGAUCGAAAGGACCGCCUUCGUGGACUUCGUGGAGAACGACAAAGAACAAGGCAAUGAGAAGACCAAUAAUGGCACCCACUACAAGUUGCAGCUCCUCUAUAGCAACGGGGUCAGGACCGAACAGGACCUGUUUGUCCGGCUCAUCGACUCCGUCACGAAGCAGCCCAUAGCUUAUGAGGGACAGAACAAGAAUCCAGAGAUGUGCCGAGUUCUACUCACACACGAAGUCAUGUGCAGCCGGUGCUGUGAGAAGAAGAGCUGCGGGAACCGCAAUGAGACGCCCUCAGACCCGGUCAUCAUCGACAGGUAG